AUGGCGAGCGGGUGGCGCGAGGGCAUACAGUGGGAGGACCCGUCGUCCAUGGCGAGUCGCGACGAUUACAUCGUGCACGACGGGCGGCGGUACGUAAAGCCCUACUUCUUCCAAUUCGUCGCGCAUGUGAAGCAGCGGUGGCACGGGCGGCACAUUGCAGAGCUGUUCGCGUCCGAGUUCAGGCAGAGGCCGCUGCAGUACUAUGAGGAGGCAGUGAGGGUGGGGCGGAUUCAAGUGGAUGGGCGCAAUGUGGCACCGGACUAUGCAGUCAGACAGUCUCAGACCAUGACACACUAUGUGCACAGGCAUGAGCCAUCGGUGGAUGCGUCACCGGUGGAGGUGCUGCAGGAUUCGGACACGGUGCUGGUCGUCUGCAAGCCCAGCUCCAUGCCAGUGCACCCGUGUGGGCAGUACCGCAAGAACACGGUGCUCAGUGUGCUGCAGGCCUUCCACGGCUAUGGACAGCUCUUCCCCAUCCACCGCUUGGACCGCUCUGUGUCGGGCCUUCUCAUUCUCGCCAAGUCUGCUGCUGCUGCUGAGACCUUCCGACUGCAGAUGAUGAGUGGGCAGAUCCGCAAGCAGUACAUCGCGCGGGUCACCGGCACCUUCCCUCCCAACACUGUGGAGGUGUGUGCGCCAGUGGUGUACGAUGCGCGCAUGGGCGUCAGCCGUGUGGUCUCCACACCUGCACCUGCACCCCAGUCGGACCAGCACCUCACAGCACUGCAG